AACUAUGGCUUGCUCACCAUCACCAGUCCGUUUCUCCUACAGGUUGCUGGUUUUCUGGUUAACAGUAACUGUGGCAGAAGGUCAAAGAAACAGCUAUAAUCUCUUUGGAGCAUCAGAACCUAAUGUGAAUCCUACAGACUGUCAAAUCUUUACACUCACUCCUCCCCCUGCUACCCGGCCUCCCCUAACAACUUCCAAGCCUGUCACCAUAGCAACCAGACGGUGCCAUUUUCCUCACUUCAGAAAACCCAGAGUAGGCUUUGGGUUCCCCAACUAUCCUUUCAAACAUCCAUUCUAUGGUCACCAUGCUCACUUACCACCUCACCACCGCUGUCGUCACCCAUUCCUCCUGCCUCGGAGAGGUGCCCACAAUCACAAGUACUUCCCCAGAAGAAAAUCCUCAAGCUCCUCAGAGGAAUACAGAAGGAAAAGAGAAAUUCCUAUUUUUCUGAAGCAGAAAUGAAAGGAGCCCGAUCUCCAGCAGAGGAAGAAAGCUACAGUGUUUUUCUAUAAAAGAUACAAUUUGGGUUCUAAAUUUAAUGAGCAACUGGGAAACCAAAGAGGAAACCUAGCUGUGAUACCUUUAGUCAGCAGUGAAGAAACUGACAAUAACUACAUGUGACUUGUUAAACGUGUCUCAGGGCAUUUAUCUCCCAUAGGAAGAAAAUCUCAAAACUAAUGGUAAUAUCAGUGAAUGGAAGGAUAUUAAAUAUUGGGAGAAAUUUUCACCUAUUCUGAACUACUGGUCCCGGUCCUCCUUCCAGUAAAAUCCAACGAGUGACCAAUUAGAGGAUAGGAAGCUACUCAGCCUUUCAAUUGCUGGGUUUGCCCCCCACACAAGCAGACCACAUCUUUUUAUCCUUUGCCCUUUGCUGUGGGCUCCAGCACUGACUGGUCCAAGGUUCUUUUAGAAUUCUCUUUCAUUCCCUCCUCACCCCGCAAGGUAGCCACACUCUGCCCCCUAGGACAUAGAUAACUGAUCAAGUACUUCUUGCAAUUCUCUGUCCUCUGGAUAUAAGUGGAGGAUGAGUGAGAGAGCUCCAUCUAUCCUUCAUUUCUAGAGGUUUGGAUCAUGUCGUAUAAGAUGAGCAGACCUGAAUGGAGUGUGAUAUUCAUUGCUGAUCUCAUAUUAUCUCUCCUUGAAACUUCCCCCACCUACCCAUUCUGAAUUUCCCUAUUAAGGUCAAAGUAAACAAUAAAGCCAUCCUUCUGUUCAUGCUAGUUCACAACCUUGCCUUCAUCUUCUACUUGGGCGUUCUCUCAUUCCCCAUGAUCCAAUCAGUACCAACACUGCCAUUUCUACCUCUGUACAACCUUUCCCAUCUGCCCUCUUCUUUCUGCUCCUACUGUCCUAACCUUCAUCAUCUGUGGACUGAAUUGUGAUAAUAGCCUCCUAACUUGAGGAUCUCUGCCUCAAGCCUCCCCUGACUCCAAUGUAUUCUCUACACAGCUGUCAGUGAUUUUCUUAAAACAAUGCAGUUUCUUAAAACUCCAUUACUCAAAAAAUUUCAAUGGCUCCCCUUCAACUGUAAGAUUAAAUAUUGUUUUUAUCUUCAUCUUUUUUCUAUAAUUUUUUUUUACUAUGCACACAAUUGCAUAUGCACAAAAAUUAUGUGUUCACUGUAAUACAGAAACUAUUUUAAAAUAAGUAAAUACUGAGAAUGCAUGUUAAAAAUGAAAUAUGCAGCCUGAGAAAGAGGGAACUGGAU